AUGGAAGAAACACUGGAGAAAGUUCAGCGCUUUCUUCGUCCAGAAAACACAGCGAAGUUCCGAAUACUUCACUCCAUCGCUACCGAACCAGACAUAUCAUCGAGGUAUCGAAGGAACCUCAGGAGAUUCCUGCAGUUCUUCGGUGUCGUGUUCCAUUCCUCGAUGAUUUGCGUGAACCUCUGGGCGAUCCAUAGGCUGUAUAUCGAAAAAGUCGACGGCUUUGGCGAAGGAAUUCUCUUGCUCUAUCUGCAGCUGCGUCUCUUAUUCUUCAACGGCUCGAGCAUGCUCUAUUUCCUGAGUCGAAUGCUUCGCGUAGGCACGAUGAGAAAUUUAGAAAAUCUCACCCGAGAUAACCACAUGGGCAUGUUCUUCAGUAGAAUACUCCUCAUAAUAACUCAUUAUGGACGAAUGAUGGGUUCCGAGGAAAACGAGGCUCCCGCUGAAGCCGCUUUCGUAUUCGAGCUCCCGCAGGCCUCAGGAAAUCAAGCGCUGUGGUGGCAGACCUCGAAUUUGGUGUGCCAUUAUCUACUUUUCGAUGUAAUUUGCACUUGGCCGAUACCGAGAGUCGAUCGAGCCCAAGAAGCUCCCCCUCCCCCGGCAAAGGCACCAGAACCCAAAAUAUAUAUCGCCCUGGACGUCGACACCAAAUUGCACAAAGAGAUUUUCAAAGCUGUUGGGCAAAACGCUGUGAAAUCCCCGUUCCGUCGGACGUCAGGCACUUUGAGAAACCGCACGAGCGUGUCCACAACGAUCGGAAUGCUGAACACCGUGAAACCGGACAACAGAGUUGAGGAAGGUACAUUCCUCCACAACAUCUUGUCAUUCGUUGGCUUGCACAACUCCAGCGGGCCGAAAACCUUCUGGAGCUUCAGGAAGAUGCGAUUCAUCGCCGAGCUCAAGUCCGAUCCGAACGAGGUCGUCUGCUCUGUCAGACAUAUACUCACGGGACAUUUGGCCCUAGUGAAAGUGAAGAAGAUAUCAGCGUGCUCGGAGAAAUUAUUGAAAACCGAGAAGAAAUGCUGGCAUCGAGCCGCGUCCUGUCUACAAGUCAUCCCAUUCAAGUUCUAUUAUAAGACGGACGAGUUCCACGUGUUUAUCUGCGAGCACUUCAACGGAUGUUUCUUGAACGAGCUGAUUGGAGAGGGUCUCAUCAAGCCCUCCAUGAUUGCGAAGAUCGUAUCUCAGUUGGCAUUCGCUAUUUGCUGUCUGCAUAACUUGGGCAUCAUCUACCGAGGUUUGGCACCCGAGACCGUUCUCGUGGACGCCGAGGGUAACGCGCGUUUGAUCGAUUUCCAAUUCGCUAUCAAUCGGAGUAAGAGCUACAGCGCAAGCGGCCUAUUGCCGUACAUGGCACCAGAGAUGUGCAGCGGCUCCCACAGUUUCGAAGUCGACUAUUGGUCUUUGGGGAUUUUGAUGUACGAAAUGAUAGUUCGACACCAUCCAUUGAGCAUUUACUGUUGGAAGCUCGAGCUGGAUCCGACUCUCGACUCUGAUUACACCAUGCUGUUAUUGAAAACGGUUCCUAUCAAGCUGCCGAAAAACGCAGAAGCGAAUCAGCUAUCAUUCUUGAAGGAACUUCUAUACGAGCAGCCUCGUCUUCGGAUUGGGUGCAGACGUCGCGGCUUCGCGGAUAUAAUGGAGCAUCCAUAUUUCGCGAAAGUCGACUGGAGAUCCUAUUUCAUCGGGGAUAAUUUUGUGCUCAGCGUGGGAUCAGAGACUAUCGAAGAUUCGUCGAAAGAGAGGAGAACUCAGCCUCACCACCACUUCCAUGCACAUCAUUGA